AUGGGCCUCGAAGAAGUCCGGCACUGGCCGAGGGUCCCGAUCGCGGGGCUGGGAGAGAUCUCGGGAGUGGACGUGGACCCGAACGGACACCCGGUCGUCUUCCACCGGGGAGAUCGCAAGUGGGACAUCGAUUCCUUCGACGGGAGGCACCGGUACCAGGGAAUCCAGAGCGGGCCGAUCCCGGUGCCGACGGUGCUGGUGUUGAACCAGGAGACGGGGGAGGUGCUUGGGGAGCACGGGAACGGGACCUUCUAUCUCCCGCAUGGACUCACGGUGGACGCGAAGGGGAACUUCUGGGUCACCGAUGUCGCGAGUCAUCAGGUUUUCAAGUUCUCGCCCGACUGGAAGGCAGAGCUGAGCCUCGGCGUGGCGUUCCAACCGGGCAGCGACGAGAAACACUUCUGCAAGCCGACCGACGUGGCCGUGUCCGAGCGGACGGGCUCGUUCUUCGUCGCCGAUGGGUACUGCAACAGCCGGAUCCUCAAAUUUCACGCCAACGGGACCCUCCUCGACCAAUGGGGCAAAGGGGAGCUGGCCGUGCCCCAUAGUCUGGCGCUGGUGGAAGAUCGGGACUUGCUGUGCGUGGCGGACCGGGAGCAUUCAAGGAUCGUCUGCUAUGGGGCGGGGCUGGCGAGGCCAGAGGAGGCGGGGAGGGUCGUGCUCGACGUUCCCACGAGGCGGGCGGGGCCCAUCUACGCCAUCGCGAGCAGAGGUCGCUAUCUGUACGGGGUGACCGGCUACUCCGCCGGCCUCCUCGAAAGGACUCCAACCGGCCUGGUGUUCGACCUCGAGGACGGGAAACUCCUCCACUCCUUCGCUCCCACCCAGGGUUUCGAGAGUCCGCACGACGUCGGGAUUUCCAAGGACGGCUCCGCUCUCUAUGUUGCCCAGCUCGAACCCUCCAAGCUCUUCAAAUUUCAUCUCUGAAUUCCGUUUCGUUUUCGAAUUCCGUUUCUUCUUCGAAUUUUCUCCAUUUAUUCCAUUUCUGUUUCCUUCGAUGGCGAUUUGUUCUGAAAAAUUUUCGAUCUCGAUUCGUUCAUCUCGGAAAUAAAUGUCUGGUCUCUCUCGGUUCUCAUCUCCUCCGAGGUUUUUUUU